CCCCGCCCCAAUACGGAAGCGGCUGGGAGCUGGGAGCCGACCGCGGGUGGGUCCAGGCCAUGGGGCAGCCUUGGGCGGCCGGGAGCGCGGAGUGGGCGCCCGCGCGGCUGCCCCUCGUGCUCACCGCGCUGUGGGCGGCGGCAGUGGGCCUGGAGCUGGCCUACGUGCUGGUGCUGGGUCCCGGGCCGCCCCCCCUGGGACCCCUGGCCCGGACCUUGCAGCUCGCGCUGGCCGCCUUCCAGCUGCUCAACCUGCUGGGCAACGUGGGGCUCUUCCUGCGCUCGGAUCCCAGCAUCCGGGGCGUGAUGCUGGCCGGCCGCGGUCUGGGCCAGGGCUGGGCUUACUGCUACCAGUGCCAAAGCCAGGUGCCGCCACGCAGCGGGCAUUGCUCCGCCUGCCGCGUCUGCAUCCUGCGUCGGGACCACCACUGCCGCCUGCUGGGCCGCUGCGUGGGCUUCCGCAACUACCGGCCCUUCCUGUGCCUGCUGCUGCAUGCCGCUGGCGUCCUGCUCCACGUCUCUGUGCUGCUGGGCCCUGCCCUGUCAGCCCUGCUGCGUGCGCACGCGCCCCUGCACACCGCCGCGCUCCUCCUGCUGCCCUGGCUCAUGCUGCUCACAGGCAGAGUGUCUCUGGCGCAGUUCGCCCUGGCCUUCGUGACCGACACAUGUGUCGCGGGUGCGCUGUUGUGCGGGGCUGGCCUGCUCUUCCAUGGGAUGCUGCUGCUGCGGGGCCAGACCACAUGGGAGUGGGCUCGGGGCCAGCACUCUUAUGACCUGGGCCCCUACCACAACCUGCAGGCGGCCCUGGGGCCCCGCUGGGUCCUCGUCUGGCUCUGGCCCUUCCUGGCCUCCCCAUUGCCUGGGGACGGGAUCACCUUCCAGACCACAGCUGAUGUGGGACUCAUGGCUUCCUGACUCCAGGGAGAGCCAGAGCUGUACAGGGAGCGGGGAAAGCAGGAGAGGGGGCUCAUAACUCAUUUCAGGCCCAGCCCCAGCCUUAGGAGAGGAGAGGGUUGGUAUGUAACACCUGCUUUCGGCAACUCCAGCCCCAUCCUUCCCCUUGCCCCUGUCCAGCUUGGACUCCUGGUGUCCAGGGCUUGGACCCUGUGACUCUGCCUCUGUUGGUGGCCCCCAAGUACAGUGGAGGCUCUGGCAAGGGGCUGCUCAGCCAGCCUAGCUGCCCCUUUGCCAAGUUAAUAAAGCGCCCACUUGGUUUUGGA